AUGAUCCCAGAUGAUGCAGUGACUGCGGUUCGACAACUGAAACUGGCGAGCAAGUUAAACAGAAAGAGAUACCAUGGUGAACUUGAAGACCAGAAUGGAACAGGGAUCCCAGCACAUUCAGAUCAACCUAUGAUAAACAAGAUUAACGAAAGAUAUACAAUUCUUCUCAAAGAUGGAGUAACAACAGCAACAAUAUACCCUGUUAUGUCUCCACUUGAUAUUCCAAUAGGGCUCCUACACUUUUUAUGCGAUGAAUACAACAUGGAAAUCGAACGAGGCGAAACGUUGCCUUUUUUUGAUCCACUAACUCUUGAUCAAUUUGUUGAGCAUUGGUUUGAUUCUUUCGUGGGGAUAAUGUGUCUUGGGGAUGAUCCCCAUUUAAAUAGAGCCCCAGAUGAUAGAUCAUGGGAGAAUGAAUGUUUGGGAACGUUUUCCAUCAAACCCCAAUACCCUGGUAAAAGGUGUUCACACAUUUGCACCGCUGAAUUUCUUGUGAAUGCAGGUAUUAGAGGCAAAGGUAUUGGAAGAACUUUGACCGAUUGCUUUUUGCAAUGGGCCCCAAAAAUUGGUUACACUUAUGCCAUGUUCAAUCUUGUUUUUGAAAGCAAUGCUGCUGCUCGAAAGUUGUGGGAGUCAUUAAACUUCAAAAGAGCAGGAAAGAUUAAAAGUGCCGCAUACGUGAAGAACUUUGAUCAGCCGGUUGAUGCAAUCAUAUAUGGUCGUGAACUUGCAGAUAAAACAGUAGCAGAGUCGAGUGUCUAUAGGUUUGAUAAAAUAAGGUACUACUUAGAAACAGGUAAGUAUCCGGCGACAGCCGAUCGUCAAGAAAAAGCCAGAUUACGAGCUGGUGCAAUGCAUUAUAGCCUAUCUAACGGGAAAUUGUUAUUGAAAGGAAAGGAGGUGGUUGCUGACUUGGACCAGCAAAUGCGCAUUUGUUACGAAGUACAUCGAGGUAAUGGACAUUUAGGGAUAAACAAAACCACAACUCAGGUGGCAGAGAAGUAUCACUGGCCAAGAAUCAAGGAAACUGUAGGCGUUGUGAUAAAGGAAUGUGACAAAUGCAAUAAAAUACCGAUAGACGAAGGAAAUGGAAGAUUUGGAUAUGAGUUGGCUAAUGCCGAUUUGGAGAGACCACAAAUAAGCGAGCACAUUCAAGCAGUUGUAUCAGAAGUCCAACAAGCACAUAGGGAAGGUUUGAAACAGACUUAUGCAGAAGUUGCCGCCUCUUCAGGCCCAAGUUUCCCAAUCGUUGAUAAAUAUUUGUCUGAUGAAGAUACUGAAACUGACAUCAUACGUCCAAGAGUUAAAACUUACCAGAGAAGAUAA